AUGAAUUUUAUAAUUGUUAUUAAUAAUUUAGAGAUGAAUAAAUAUAAUUACUAAUACAGAUGGAAUAUGCUAACAUUUUGCAUUUGGAUUCCUAUGGGGAAUUAUUACAAUUAUGAUAUUCCAACAUCAUUAUACAAUUCAUUUAAGAGUUAUUUAUCUCCAAUACUCUCAGAUAAUCAAUUUGAAUUUUAUUAUGGAUUACUAUUUAGUUUAACUUCAUUUGUUAAUAUAUUCACUCCUUUCAUCAGUGGAAGUAUUAUUUCAUCAAAUUAAUUAAGAAUUAAGAGAUUAAUAUGGAAAUAGAAUUGCCUUAUUCGUUUUAUUAUUUCUAGUUUCUUUAGGAUAAUUUAUAUUCAUUUAAGGUUUCAUUCAUUAUAACUUAUAUUAUAUCAUUAUUGGUCGAAUUCUUAUAAGUAUUGGAAUUGAACCAUGUGGAGCAAUUCAAACUAGUCUGCUUUCUUAAUAUUUUAAAUUUGAUCAUAUUGUAUAAAUAAAUUAUUUAUUAGGCAUUAGUUGUUGGUUUAUGUGAGUUAUUUGCUUCUUUUGGAACAAUCUCAGUUAUGUAUUUUGCACCUAAAUUAGCAGCAUAAUAUAAUCUAAUAUUUGCUAUAUAGAGUGGUAGUUUUGCUAUUGCAAUGAGUGUAGUAUGUUGUAUCAUAACUAUUGUUUAUGAUAUAAAUGCAGAAUAUGUUCAACAAGAAAAUUCAAUUUAGAAUGUUGAAAUUAGUAAAUAAAUCAUAAAAUAAGAGAACUUCCCAUUUAUAUACUGGAUGAUCAUUAUAUACAAUAUGUUACUCUUUGGAUCAUUACUUACUUUUAGUAAUUUUUCUGUUGGAAUAUUAACUGAAAGAUGGUAUACAGAUAAUGAAUCAGCUGAAGAAAUGGCAGGUAAAAUGAUGGCCAUUAUGUGGGGGAUAUCUUCCUUUCUCACUCCCGUUUUUGGUUUCUUAAUAGACAAAUAUAAGAAUAGAUCCAUAUUUGUAAGUUUAUUGAAUAUCAUAGAAUAUUUGUGCUUCAUGUCUUGGUUUUUUAGGUUUAGUAUAACUUUGGUAUUAUGCACCUUUUUUAGCAAUUAAUUUAUUGGGAAUAUCAUAUGCUAUUAUGUGUGCUAGUGUAUGGUCUAGUAUUGUUUAUAUUAUAGAUGAAACAAAUUUAGGUACAGGUUAUGCUUAUCUAUUAUCAUCAUGUAAUUUCUUAUUGUCUAUUUUACCUCUAUCUAUUAGUUUGAUUAAAAUUAGAACAGCUAGCUUUUUUAUUUCAGUUAUGAUGUUAGCAGUCUUAAUUUUCAUUACAGUCUUAUUAGGAAUUUAUAUUUAUUUUUUAGAUAACUAAGAAAAUAAUAUUCUUGAUGGUAAAAUACUAUCCACCAAUAAAUCAUAUGAACAAUUAGAACAAGAUGAAAUUUGA